AUGGAAGAAUUACUUGAAUUGCUAUCUGAAGUGUCUGAAUUAGAAAAAGCAUCUGUGGAAUAUUUGACAUUAUUUUUCUUACUCUUAUUUUUGGAAACAUCAUCAUUUAAUCUUCUGAAUGGUAGAUGUGUAGAAGAAUGUCCAAUUAUCACUUAUGAGAUUGCGAAAAAAUUAGGUUUCAAAAAAGAUAAAAGUUUAUCUAAUAUUACCGAUAAAGUGGUAUCUGAUAUUGUUAAGCAAGUAUCAGGUAAAAAAAUCUAG